AUAAACUCAUUAGGUCACAUAGGCUUCCUUCGUUUUAAUUUGCGCCCUUCAUAUACGUCAACUGUCUUUAACAUAAGUAACCCUUCGACCCGCCUUUGCGACGCGCUCUUGAGCAAGUCCCAGAUCUCGGGACUUGGUUUGCACGGAGAUGCCCAGAGGUUCUGCAGGUCCCUGGGCCCGGAGGAGGCGCUGUGUCUGCGGGUCACCUGAAGAGCCGGAAGAAGCCGAUAAAUCGCCCCCACUGAACCCCAGGCGUGACAAUGGUCUCCAGCACGUUUCACGCAUUUGUUAACGCUAUCUUAUAUGAAGACAUUCGAAAUAUUAAAAUUUUGACAAGAGGAACUUAAAACAAGACGCUACGGAAACCAGCGCCGGACCUCCGGACCGUCAGCGCCUCUCGGAUGGCCGGCCGGCUCGCCAGAAAGCUCGCCCUGUUCGUGCAGAGGCACCGGACAGGGCUGCUCGUCGGCUCCUGCGCCGGGGCGUUCUCCGUGCAGGUCCUCCACCACGUGUUCCCGGAGCAGACCUACAGGAAGCUGCACCAAGCCUGGAGCAAAGGAGAGCCGGCCAGCCUCUCGGAGACCCUGCGCAAGACCUUCCAGGAUGUCUUGCGGGACGCGGGGGUCAGGGACCCGCGGAAGUACAGCGCCUUCGCCGCCUUCGGCUUUCAUCCGGUGGGGGCCGGGCUGCCGUGGUUGCCGGCGGGGGCUCGGAUCGGCGUCCCCGCCCAUUUCGACAGCACGGCGGACGCCCCGGCGGGCAUCUCGGACCGGGUCAUCCUGAUAAACGGCGAGGCGGUGCGGGGGGACGGCAGCCCGGGCCGGGCGCUGCGGGAGUCGCUGGUGCUGUCGCCCGCGGCGCAGCGCUUCGCCAUCGGCAGGGAGGUGGCGCGCCUGCAGGGCGGAGGUCCCGUCCUCCUGGCGGCGGUGGCCCCGGCGGGCCUGGCGCUCACCUGCCUCUGCGGCGUGGCCGUCAAGCAGCUCCUCGGCCUGUACGCCGGCCCGGUGCUCCUGCGGGGGCUGGCCAACGCCGCCGUGCUGACCGUCGGGGCUGCCGGCUACUGCCUGGUUUCCGACGCCGUGGGCCAGUGGCUCGACUACCGGUGGGACCGGAGAGCGGCCAGCCUCUCUACGGACUACGCCACAGGAGGAGUGGAGUUUUACAAUAAACUCCUGGCGCGCAACGUCGCCCUUCGUGGUCUGAUGGGCAGGAAGGGGGAAGAGAUGUUCGCGCCAAGUGGCAACUUGUUCCCCUCCAGCUGGUUCAGGCUGCAGCGUGCCCCGUACACAGCCCGCAGAGACAGCAUUGUGGGCCUGCUGAAAGAGCAGAAGGCAUAGUGGGGGCAGGUGUGCCAGUUUCCGUGCGACACUCUGGCCAGGGUGCCUGCCAGGCAGCUAAAACAAAUGGAAACCGCUGAUUGCAUUGAAUGUGAUCGAUUCUGGCUCAAAGAGUGUGAAAAUUGUGGGUGUAGCUGGUUGAUGUGCUCUCUAACCUCCAGAGAGAUCUGUAGCUGAAUGUCACAACUGCCUUUGGUUGGGUAACAGUGGCUCCAAGCUCUGUUCCUGCCAAAUGCUGCGUCUUCUCCUGCAGAGUUUUUUUUUUUAAUUGAUGGCGGCACAUUUUGUUUUGAAUUUGCUUUCAGCUCUGUCAGGGUCAGACGGGUCUUGUGUUGGACACCUGGCCCGUACCAGUGUCUGAAGUCCGUGACUCCCCCUGGGCCCCUUUAACCUGGGCCCAACGGGACGUUUCCAAAAAGAAGGAAGCCCUCGUCGUGGGAGUGUCCGAUGUGUUAUUAUUGCGGCCUGCUCGUCAUGCGCUGAUCACCCAGUAAGAGCUUGCAGACGUAAGGGGGCAAACCCUGAACGGACAAGCUGAGAAGAAAUGAGCCGACCGUUCUGCAUGGUGAAGCUGCUGGAAGAAGCCUUGCAGCGCUGGGGCCCGGGUUCAAUUCUGGACCUGGGGUGCUGUCUGUGUGGAGUCUGCUUGUUCUCCCCGUGUUCGCUUGGGUUUCCUCCCACGGUCCAGAGCCAUACGGGUAGCUUAAUUGAUGGGAGUUGUAAUGUCUGGCUGGUGAUGGACUGGCGUCCCAUCCAGGGUGUACCCUGCCUUGCGCCCAUUGGUUGCUGGGACAGGUUUCGGCAACCCUGGAUAGGAAAAGUUAGAAAAUUCAUGGGUGGAGUCAGUGCUGAAAAAAGAAGUCAAACAGGUCAGUUUAGGACCUCGUUCUCACCUUCUCCCCAGUGAAUAAGAGCUCAGCUGAUAUAGGUGUUCCCCAGGACCAGGGCUGGGAUCAGUGUGACCUGUGUUGAACACAUCAUAGUGUCUGCAGACGGUCCUAAGUCAAUAGAAUAUGGCCUUGUGAAGUUUGCAACUCAUACACUGACCCACAGUGCUCUACAAAGAUGUGGGAACAGUGCAGUCUAAAUUGGGAUGGAAUUUUGCUAUGAACUUGCAACGAUAAUCAUCUCGCAUGGAGGGGAAAAAACCAUGACUGAGAAGUACAAUGCCUGAGUAUUUUAUGUUUAAUAAAGUCCGUUCACUCCUGCUCUCUGAGACUGGUUUUGGAGUGCAAAACACAAAUGCUGUGCCCUUCCGGUGUGUAGGCAUUACAUGCAUAGGGUUGUGUGAAAAUAGUAGUUUGCUUUCUUGAAAGGGUUUGAAUUAAAGUGGUUUCCUGAAAUCCUCAAAAUAAAGCAUGAUGAAGAGUAAACCUCCUGGCACAUAAGCUGGUCUUUUUAAAUCCCUACCAGGAGACCUGAAAACCCAGCUUUCAUUAGUUCACUUCACCAGCGAACUGGGUCACGUAAGUAACUGAGAUCCUGAAGACUGUCAAUCCCAGAGACUUAGUUGGUCCUUGGUGCCCAGAGCUGCCUGUUGCAGGUUUAAGCUGAAGGUGCCAGCAAGGCAGGCUGGGAAGGACAGGGAGCGAACAUGCCUCAGGUGACAGCGCGUUGUACAGACAGUCUAGAUCAUCGAGGAUGAAUUACAGCUUCAGGGCAUUUAUAAGAAGCUAUAAUGUUGUGUGCUAUUUAAAAUCACAUUGAAAGAUCUUAAGGUGGAUGGGUGUGGGCUGUGCAUUUGUGAGAGACCGCUUCGAUUGAAUCCAGGAAAUUAAAACAGUCAUACUGUA